AUGUCGAGCUCAACGACAGCCUUCUUCUCUUUCGCCAAAGGAGAGCUUCAACUUCGAGGUUUGAAUGCUCCGGCCGAACUGCGGAGAGCGGCCACACCCGCGGCACAGUCACGUGAAGCUGUUGCGGGACUGUGCAUCACGAAGUCUUGGUGCCCAGGUCUUGGGGCAACCAUCAAGACAACUUAUCCCUUUCAUAGUUCUGCCCAGUCUUCCCGACUGUCAUCUCAAAAUUCCUCGCCACCUGGAAAAGCAACAACCAUGGUCAACCUUCUCAAGCCCAAGACCUGGCGACGGAAAGACCACUUCGAACGUCAAGACAUCCACUGCUGCGCCGAAGAGCGCAAUCUCUGGCGCCAAAUCGCUCGAAAGAAUGGCAUCAUCCCACAGUCGAGUGGCUACAUCGCCCCAGCAAGCAGUCCAACAGACCGCAAAGCCAGCAUCUCCAUCCGGCGAAAAAGCCGUCAACAUUCCAUCGUCCCGGUCCCGAUCCCUCCACCUGUCAUACCCUUCAACCUCCUAGGUCUCCCACUGGAAUUGCGUGAAAGGAUAUACUACUACUACUUCCAACACCACGGCGCCCAACGUCUGACUCCCUUCCGCCUCCCACCAAUCCAUACACCGAAACUCCACGACCUGUACUAUUACAAACCCAUCCCACCCCACGAACCAGCCUUGACCAUACUAUCCCGUCAGACCCGAGAGGAAAGCUUGAAAGUGUUCUACUCCACCUACCGCUUCCCUCUCAUCAUCCACGCUCCAGGAUCUCUAGGCCACUACGCCCCAGUCCGCUGGUACCAUAACCUCGACCCCUCCAAUCUCGCAGCGAUCAAGCACUGGGAACUCUUCUUCUGCUUCGAAGCGGAUCUUUGCGCCAUGGGUGUACGGCAGGCGGAUGCUUUUAUCUUAAACGUUGAUCUCGAUCCGAGGACCGGUGGGUUCGAGCUAGUGGUCGCGGAGAGAGCUUUGGUGGUAUGA